AUGGAAGCGUUAGAAACGUCACAACCACGCCGUGUAGCAAUGAUGGCCCCCACAAGGCCAACCAGAAUGCACUCGCAAGACCUUAGCAAGUCAACCAAGCACGAGAUCGAGAAAGGGGUCUUUGCCUUAGUCUUGCGGGCUUUGAUUGAGUCUCCCGACGGAGACUUCUGCCCUUUGUCCCCUCGAGGGGACACACUCACCUUCGACGACCUCUAUGAAAAGUGUUACCAUGCCGUUCGAAUGGCUUUGAAGUGUGGAGACAAGACUGUUGAGUCUGUCUACCCGACUAUAAGAAAACUAGUCUUAAAGUAUAAAUCCGAAGCUUUAUUAUGA